GCUCAUCUUCCCAAACCUUCUCUCUCAAAUCUCAUUUUAUUUACCACUUUUAUUUUCAACUCUCAUUUCAGUUCAGCACUAGGGUUUGCUCUGCUUUGCCCAUACGCAUUUCUGGGGAGGUCGAUAGCAGCAGCAGUGCCCCUGGAACAUCAAAUCAAACCGCUCAUUCUACAUAAACCAUCCAAAUCACAAGAUGAAAAACUUAGCAAUUUGAUUGGGUCACUGUACUACUCCGAUGGGGAGACAGUGAAAGGGUUUAACUAAGUUGUUGGGUGGAGUGUGAAUAUGGUGGAACAAGAUGCCAAGCGACAGCCGAAGGCUACAAACAUUAUGGCAAGUAAAACCCAGUUGCCUUGCGACGGCGAUGGCAUUUGCAUGCUCUGCAAGGCCAAGCCUUCCGACUUGGAGACAAUCACAUGCAAAACUUGCGUCACCCCUUGGCACGUCGAUUGUCUCUCAAGUCCCCCUGAAACCCUGGCAUCAACCCUUCAAUGGGACUGUCCCGAUUGUUCCUCCCCUCCCGAAGAUGUUCCCCUUCCUCCGAUCGGCAACAAUCCACUCCCUACUACGCCUUCUAGUGACCUUGUUGCUGCGAUUCGAGCCAUUGAGGCUGAUGUCUCCCUUACUGACCGUGAGAAGGCAAAGAAGCGCCAGGAGCUUCUCAGCGGAAAGAUGCAGUCCGACAAGGAUGAUCAUGAUGCCAACAAGGAAAAGAAAAAAAAGGGGGACGAUGUUUUGGAUUUGUUGGACGAGAGAUUGAACUGCUCGUUCUGCAUGCAAUUACCAGAAAGGCCAGUCACUACUCCAUGUGGCCACAAUUUCUGCUUAAAAUGUUUCCAGAAGUGGAUUGGACAAGGAAAGAACACUUGUGCAAAGUGCCGCUGCGUUAUACCUUCCAAAAUGGCUAGCCAGCCCCGUAUAAAUUCCACCCUUGUAGUGGCCAUUCGUAUGGCUAAAUUGUCAAAAUCAUUAGUUUCUGGAGGACCUCAGAAGGUUUAUCAUUUUGUCCACAAUCAAAAUAGACCAGACAAAGCCUAUACCACUGACCGGGCACAAAGAAAUGGGAAGGCUAAUGCUGCCAGUGGAAAAAUAUUUGUUACAAUUCCAACUGAUCAUUUUGGUCCCAUUCCUGCUGAAAAUGAUCCCGAGAGAAACCAGGGUGUUCUGGUCGGUGAAUGCUGGGAGGAUCGGUUAGAAUGUCGUCAAUGGGGUGCUCACUUUCCACAUGUUGCAGGUAUAGCGGGACAGUCAAAUAAUGGUGCACAAUCAGUGGUUCUUUCUGGUGGCUACCAGGAUGAUGAAGAUCAUGGGGAGUGGUUCCUCUACACUGGAAGUGGGGGUCGAGACCUUAGUGGGAACAAGCGUACAAGCAAGGAUCAGUCUUUUGACCAGAAAUUUGAAAAAUCAAACCAAGCGCUACAAGUUAGUUGCUUGAAGGGCUAUCCUGUUAGGGUUGUUAGAUCUCACAAAGAAAAGCGUUCCUCAUAUGCUCCAGAGAAGGGAUUGCGGUAUGAUGGAAUUUAUAAGAUUGAGAAGUGUUGGCGUAAAGUGGGAAUUCAGGGCUUCAAGGUAUGUCGCUAUUUAUUUGUUAGAUGCGACAAUGAGCCUGCUCCAUGGACAAGUGAUGAACAUGGAGAUCGACCUAGACCCUUACCUAAAAUUUCAGAGUUGAAAAAAGCGACGGAUAUUACGGAGAGGAAGGGAGGUUCCUCAUGGGACUUUGAUGAGAGCGAUAGUCGAUGGAAGUGGAGCAAAGCUCCACCAACGAGCAAGAGACCAGUUGAAGCCGAAGAUUCUGCUUCUGGGAAGAGGAGAAAAAUUAGGCAAUCGCGUAACAUGAGUGUCCGAGAAAGGUUACUAAAAGAGUUUAGCUGCCGUAUUUGCCGGGAGGCGAUGAGUUUGCCAAUUACAACACCUUGUGCCCAUAACUUCUGCAAGCCAUGCUUGGAAGGUGUUUUUGUGGGCAAGACAUUCUUGAGAGAGAGAAGCAGUGGCGGACGGGCUCUUAGAUCCCAAAAGAAUGUCAUGAAUUGUCCUUGUUGCCCCACCGAUAUAUCUGAUUUUCUACAAAAUAUUCAGGUAAAUAGAGAGUUGUUGGAUGUGAUCGAGUCACUGAAAAGUAAGAUUGAAGAAGGGGAUGCAUCUGAGAAGCUCUGUGAAGAAGUGAUAGAUGGGGAAGAGGAGGGAAAAGAUGGAAGCAAUGGGAAUGAAAGCAGCAGUUCAGUAGAAACAACAAGAAAGCGAGCAAAGGUGUAUGAUUUGGAAUGAACGAACACAAAGUGGUGUUCUUGGCUUGCUGGGCUUUGGAGAAGUGGAGUCGAUUGGAUUUUGUAUUUAUAUGGGCUGGGUAUUCGCAUAAUUUUGGAUACAUAUGCGCCCCCUUUCAUUUCAUUUGGAGAUGAUAUCAAGUUAAAUUCUUAGUUACAAUUCUUAGUUA